UUGUUUGCGAGAGCGGAGGCGUUGCACGGACACGGCCACAGCCGUGAGGCGGUCAAGCUGGCGGUCAAGCUGGCAGAGGAGCUGCUACAGAACCCACCGGACCUCUUAGCUCAGGUACCUCCUACACCAACCAAAGGCAAGAAGAAGAAGAAUCAAGGCACUUUACUAAAGAUUAGCACGUUGGCAAGCAACACGCUGGCUAAGGUGGCGUUUCUAUGUGUGACCCCCUGA